AUGGGCAACACACAAUCAUCUGGGCGCGAUGCGAACCUCUGCACAACGCCAGAAUGCAUUAGCAUCGCCAAUGGUAUUCUCUCCAAGCUCGCCCCAAACUAUCACGACCUGGACCCUUAUGCCUGUGGCGGCUACUACGAGACUACAGCUCUUGGCCUGACAGACCUUCUUAAAAGUGACCAGGGUGACCAAUUGAUUGACAACUCGGUCCUGAUCAGUAACGUUCUCGAGAAGCCCUACGAUUUAUACGCAACAAGCUCCCCGUCUCCGCUCGACGAGGCUUUCUUUAUCAAGCUCCAGACAGCAUAUUUGACCUGUAUGGACGAGGAAACCAUCCUGGAGAUCGGCACUGCUCCCUUAAACAAGCUCCUUGAAGGCUUUCUCGAGGUCUUCCCGCUCGGCGAGGAUGACUAUGCGAAUCCCAAGAAUCUGACCGAGGAGGACUACGAACUGACCCGUACGGCUUGGGCGGCACUGGCCAAGAUGGGCGUGCCUGCCUUUUUCGUACCUCUUCCCCAACCUGACGCAGACGACGCAUCGGUGUACAUCCCCGGUAUAAAUAUCGUCAAGCCAGGCACUGCCAUUGCUUUACAGGCCAAAGAGUUGCUGCUGCCAACUCUGCAGCUUCUGCUUCCAAAUUCGACGGCAAAGAGCGCCGAGGUGCUGGCGCUGGGCCUAGUCGAGCUCGACACGAAGCUCGCGUUGAUUUACCCUGGCGACGGCUACAAUGUCCCCUACAAAGAAUUCUUCGCCACGAUAACCUUUGAUGAGGCCGCAAAGUUAGUGCCUGCACUGGACAUUCCAGGUGCAUUGGGUCAGAUAAGCCCGGCCAGCAAGGAGAAGGGGCGCCUAUCCUGGGGAUUUCCAGAGGUCGCCGCCGCUACCAAUGAGAUCCUGCUCGGCACGACCAAGCCAGCCAUCCAGGCCUACUUCAUGUGGCAGAUUAUCCAGUCAUUUCUCCCGGCUGUGAACAGCCCCGAACUGGCGCUGGUGAACCCACCCACCAAGGCUCGCCGAGAAAUCUGCACCGCUGAUCUGGGACAGAGGAUUCCCUUUCUGGCCAGCAAGGUGUACCUUGACAAGGUCUACACUGACGAAGUGGACACAACCCUCAAUCAACUCGUGAGCAACAUCCACAGCGGUGUGCAGGCAGACAUGGAUAAUCUCGAGUGGGCGUCCGAGGCGGCUCGCGCAGCUUUCAAGGACAAGCUCAGCAAGCUGGUGCCCAACGUCGGCUACUCGCGCUCGAAACCGAACAACAAGCUCGCGCAAGAGGUCGCUGAGUUUUACGAGCCCCUCAACGUGACCGACAAUUACUUUGGCUUUGUCACAAACUCGAACGCCUUCAACGUCGUGCCGUAUCUCACCACCAUGCUCAACAAUGGCGCCCCCGACCGGGAGCAGUGGAACUACCUCCUGACCACAUACGGAUCGGCCGAGACUGUCAACGCACAGUACCAAGCCUUGCUCAACGCCAUAUUCAUCCCUUACGGCAUGGCGCAGGCCAACCACUUCUCCCCGUCGGCGCCUGGGUACAUCCAGUACGGCGGCAUCGGCUACAUCAUUGCGCACGAGUUCAUCCACUCGCUCGACACCAAGGGCAGCCAGGUCGGCCCCGACGGGAGCAUCUACCCGGGCGGCGCAGAGCAGUGGAUCGACGAGCCGACGCUCGCCGCGUACGGGGAGCGCGCCAAGUGCAUCGCCGAGCAGUCGUCGAGCUGGACCGUACUCAUCAACGGCACCGAGGAGAUCCCGCAGAACGGCACGGACAAGCUCAACGAGGACCUCGCCGACAGCGGCGGCGUCAACGUCGCCUUCCGCGCGUGGCAGCGCCGGCAGGCGCACGACCAGGACCUGCCGGGCCUCCAGGACGAAUUUACCCACGAGCAGCUGUUCUAUCUGGCGAACGCGGGCCCGUGGUGCAGCGUCGCCACGGCGGCCGUCAAUGCCUCGUAUGUGGACGGCACGGACCACCACUCUAUCGCGUAUGCGCGGAUCAAUAACAUGGUGCUCAACUCGAGGGGGUUCAGGGAGGCGUUUGGGUGUCCGGUCAAGGAGCCUACUUGCGAGCUUUUCUGAUGGAUCACGGGAAAUCACCUCGCUUGGUGUGCAGUUUCACGGGGUACCUUUCUCGUGCGCCAGGGGCUGAAUAAUGGGAUAUGUAUAACUAAGUAUAACGUAAUCCACGGGUGAGCGGGUCACACGGGUGAACGGGUCACUUUACUGCAAUUUAAUUGAGGUUCACUUCCUUCUCCUUUUUCUCCAC